GUCGGUGGAAAAUGUGUCAACAAAAACUGCGUUUUCUGUUGAACAAAAUGUAAACAAUUGGAUAUUAACUAUGAAUUUAAUUAGAUUUUAACAAUAAUCUAUGUUAAUUGAUUAUCUUGAUCUCCAUUUUCCUUUAUCAGUCAUUUCCGUGAUCCUUAAAUUUGUUUAUUUGAACGUAGAUAAAGUUAUAUCUUGAUUUGUUUUUAUUUCAUCUGUAAACUGUGACAACGCGUUUUCUUUGCUUUUGGUGUCAUUUUGUCGGUUUUUUUUUCGUGUUUUAGUUUUUGUAUUGUUUUUUUCAGCGAUUUAAUUCAUUUUUAAAGUGUAAAACUUGUAUAUUACAUACUCAUGGACCGAUAUGAUAAUGAUACUAUGGAUGAAGUUGAUGUAGUCGCUGCUGAAACUGAAUCCGAAAGCUCAUUUACCACCGAUGAGGAAGAUGAUGGUAAUAAUAUUGAGAAUGGUGUAGUCCAAAGUUUGGAAGAUGAAAGUAUUGCUGGUAAUGAAGGUAAUUCUAGAAGAUCAACUGGAUUCGAUUAUGAUCCAAAUUUACCUGCUCAACAUAGUUACCUUGGUAAUAAUCUUCGAGAACUAUCUGGUCGUGUUGUUCUUGAUGAUGAGGCUCUAAUCACUUUACCAUUACUUUCUCUCACUGGUGUCAUCCUAAUUCCGGGUCAAAUAUUGCCAUUGCAAUUGGAACAUCCGUCGAUGAUUGCGAUGAUGUUAAAUGCCAUAGAAAAGGAAAGAACAUUUGGUAUUUUAGCUUCCAAUUCGGAUGUUGGUACCACGGUAGAGAUUCGCAGUUACUCAAGGGAAGUUGAAGAUGAUGCCGAUGAGAAUGUGCUCAGAAUUAAAGCUGAAGGACGUCAAAGGUUCAAAUUGGUUGAAAAAUGGAGACAAGAUGAUGGAUUCAUCAUGGGAAAAGUGAGAAUAAUGUGUGACAUUGAACUGUUGCACCCGUUUGAAAAAGAUUUAGACUUUACCUCGAAAGGAAAUCGAUUUAACUCUAAAUUGGUUCCAGCACUAACCGUUUGGCCUUCUUUUGUCUACCGGAUGUAUGAUUCUCAUUACAUUAUGCAUAAAAUAAAUGAUCAACUAAGAAAUUGGGCCAACAUAUCUAAACCAAGUCCAGGUAAUCCGAUAGUUGACCAUAAGAUGAAAGAGGUUCAACAAAGUGUCCAAACAACCGAGAGCGAGGAUAAUGUUUCCGGUGCCAUUCAAAUAAGGAAAACCGUUGUCACCACAAUAAGGAGAGACGAUGACGACGAGAUGGAAAGUAUUUCCUCAUCAAGUUCGGAAGAUGAUGGAGAGAAACAAGAUUUCUCACAAACCCUUUCAUCGCCUUACAAAUACUCUUACUGGGUCGCCGCUAAUCUGCCCUUACCCGAUGACCAACGCGUUGAGCUUUUAAAAAUACCGACAACAAUUGGAAGACUACGCUAUGAGUACGAUCUACUUCAGAAAUGUCUAUUCCUCUGUUGUAUUCAAUGUGGAUCUAAAAUAUGCUCUCGAGAAGAUAUUUUCUCAAUGUCGGUUGAAGGUCCACUACAAAAUUAUGUCAACUCAAAUGGUCACGUACAUGAAACUCUGACCGUUCACAGAGUCUCUGGUCUUGCAUUAGUCGGACGAUCUUCAACUCAACAAUCUUGGUUCCCUGGUUACUCAUGGACAAUUUGCGAAUGUUCAAAUUGCGGUCAUCAUAUCGGAUGGAAAUUCAUGUCCGUCAAAUCAACUCGACCAGAAUAUUUCUGGGGAAUCUCAAGAGCCAGUAUAGUACCGAAAGUGAAUUAGGAAAAGAAAAAGAAAAAGAUUUGAGAACAAAUGAUUAACUAUCGCUUAACUUUCACCGAAUCACAAACUAACCAUCAUUUCGCUAUCAUGGAUAACAACAAUUAACCAUUUCGCAUCCUCUUAAAGUCAUAUACCUUUGUUUUAGAAGCUUUAAUUUUCUUCAAUUUUUACAUAAUUCUUUGUAAAUUAUUACAACCCGAAACUCGCAGCUUUGAGUAAUCAUUUCUCCUUCUUUUGUAUUAACAUUCAUCACAUCUUCAUCUGUAUCAAUUGUCUUCACCAUUAUGUGUUAAUUAACACUUUUAACCAUGAUUA